AUGAGAUACUCCCUGAUCACCGCUUCCCUUAUUGGCUCCGCUUUCAGCGCGCCGGCUGUCUAUCGUCGUCAGGCUGGUGGUAACGUCCAAACUUUCACAGGUGCUCUUGGCGGUAUCGCAGCCACCCCCGUCACUGCCACUGGCGAUGCUACCCGUGGCUUUGAAGUCAAGGGUGACACAUUUGUGAAGGAGGCUGCUGCGGUAGCGAGGAGCUGUGAUCAACAGUUCAAUGGCUGCUCCAACGCGGCAAAUGGUGGUGAUGCGACAUUGACAGUGGAUCAGUGCACAGCACAGAAGACUGCUUGCGACGCUGCUGCCGGAGGUGCUGCUGGUGCUGCUGGUGGUGAUGCCGCCGCCGCCGGUGGUGCUGCAGCCGCUGGAGAGGCUGCCAACGCCAACGGCAAUGCUGGAGCUGCCAACGGCGCUGCCGCCGCCGCCGGCGCUCAGAAGGGUGAAAAGGCGAAUGGCGGAGCUGCCAACGCUGGAGGUGCAAACAAUGAGGGAGCCGCCAAUAAUGCAGCCAACAAUGCUGGAACUGCCAAUGCCACUGCACCUGCCAUGGGCGGAGCCGCUGCUGGCGGAGCUGGAGCCGAAGCUGGGGCUGGAGCCGGAAAUGCCGCUGCUGGUGGAGCUGAAGCUGGAGCCGGAGAUGCUGCCAUGGGCGGAGCUGCUAUGGGCAAGGGCAAGGGCAAGGGCAAGAACAACGGAGCUGCUGCUGGCGGUGCCGAAGCUGGGGCUGGAGCCGGAGAUGCCGCUGCUGGUGCUGCUAACGCCACUGCACCUGCCAUGGGCGGAGCCGCUGCUGGCGGAGCUGGAGCCGAAGCUGGGGCUGGAGCCGGAAAUGCCGCUGCUGGUGGAGCUGAAGCUGGAGCCGGAGAUGCUGCCAUGGGCGGAGCUGCUGCAGGCAAGGGCAAGGGCAAAAACAACGGAGCCGCUGCUGGUGGAGCUGGAGCUGGAGCCGGAAAUGCCACUGCUGGUGGAGCUGAAGCUGGAGCCGGAGAUGCUGCCAUGGGCGGAGCUGCUGCAGGCAAGGGCAAGGGCAAAAACAACGGAGCCGCUGCUGGUGGAGCUGGAGCUGGAGCCGGAAAUGCCGCUGCUGGUGGAGCUGAAGCUGGAGCCGGAGAUGCUGCCAUGGGCGGAGCUGCUGCAGGCAAGGGCAAGGGCAAAGACAACGGAGCAGCUGCUGGUGGAGCUGGAGCUGGAGCUGGAGAUGCUGCUAACGCAGCUGGCAAAGGAGCUGGCAAGGGCAAAAACAAUGGAGCUGCUGCUGGCGGUGCCGAAGCUGGAGCUGGCGGUGCCGACGCUGGUGCUGGCGGUGCCGACGCUGGUGCUGCUAAUGCAGCUGGCAAAGAAGCUGGCAAGGGCAAAAACAACGGAGCUGCUGCUGGUGGUGCCGAAGCUGGAGCCGAAGCUGGAGCUGGCGGUGCCGACGCUGCUGGAGGCGCUGCUAAUGCAGCUGGCAAAGGGGCUGGAAAGGGCAAGAACAACGGGGCUGCUGCUGGUGCCGGUGCCGAAGCUGGCGCCGCCGCUGGGGGAGAUGCUGGAGGCGCUGCCGACGCUGGCGCUCCUAAUGCAGCUGGCAAGGGAGCUGGUAAGGGCAAGAACAAUGGAGCUGGAGCUGGAGCCGGUGCUGGUGCAGAAGGUGGUGCCGCCGCUGGAGGCGCUGCUGGAGGAGAUGCUGGAGGCGCUGCUGACUCUGGUGCAGCUAACAGUGGAGCUGCAGCAGCCGGUGGUGCACAAGGUGGAAUGGGAAAGGGUGGAGCCGCGAAUGCAGAUGCUGGAGCUGAGAAUGCCGGCUCUGCCGCCGCUGGACACGCAUAG